AUGUUCAAUAUUUGCGCUGUAUCCCAAGGAUGGCGAGAGAUAAUAGACCCCGACGGAAGCGUAAGCAUUAUAGCUCAGCCGGCUUGGGCUGUCGCGCUCAAGGCCGUGUCGUUGGCAUUGGCCGUCGUUGGUUACUUCGUGCUUCUACUAACGAUGAUAUCCAAACGUGAUCCGGUCAAAGGAUUUAUCGUGACAAUACUGUGCUGGUGCGCUUCAGCAGCAACACUGCUCAGUCUCAUCGGUGUUGUAGCUCAGGAACAUACAACUGUGAACCCUCAGCAGACGCUUCAGUAUACGCAAAAUUACUUCUAUGGGACAUUUGCUGCGAGCUACUACGUACUGAUUGCUGUGUUGUUGGCAAUCUAUGCAGGCAGUGUGCACUCGGUGCAUCUGAAUCGUAAGGAAAGGCGAGCUAUCGAAUGCACGAGCAUCAUCCUGCGAGUGGCCGCUUUCUUUGUCUUUCUGCUCGGUGGCGCUGCCGUCUACGCGACUAUUGAAGGUUGGCUAUUUAUGGAUGCAUUGUAUUGGGCCGACUACACUCUUCUAACAAUAGGCAUCGGAAAUCUUGCCCCUAAAACGCACCUUGGACGUAGCUUGUUAUUUCCUUAUGCAUCUGCAGGCAUCUUGAAUACGGGUCUAGUCAUCAGCUCGAUGACAUCAUUUACAGAGGACUUGCGACAACUAAACAUCAGAUUCAAGAUCGAGGAAGUGCACAGCGGUAUGCAGGGGCGCCAGACUAGCCGCGGAUGUGCUGGCAACAUUCGCAGUGACAAAGAAAAGCAACCACUGCAAAUGCCAGCUGAUUCUCAGUACCCAAACAAGGCUGACCUCUUGAAGUUCCAUCGCAUCAAGCGUGACUUCUAUAGAAGACAUCGAUGGAUAACUUUGAUCUGGUCCGGGCUAGCACUGUUCUUACUCUGGUUAGUCAGUGCAGCUAUUUUCCGCCGCUCGGAGAGAAGCCAGAAGUGGACUUAUUUUCAGGCCCUCUAUUUCACAUACACGUCUCUGACAACCAUCGGCUACGGAGAUCUUUACCCCACCAGCAAUUUUGGAAAGGCAUUUUUCGUGUUCUGGUCGCUUCUGGCUGUUCCUGUGAUGACUAAUCUUGUUGCUGCCAUGGCCCAGUUGGGCUUUGAGAAGUUGACCUAUUUGUUGCGCUAUCUUUGGAGAACCCAAGUUUCCAGACUAGCCAGGAUGUACCCCGACGCUCACCGCGAACGAGAGAGAAAUAAAUCAGUCCCAGGCCCAGGCAUAGCCAUCGACAGCAAUAGCCGUGCCUCAGAACCCACGAACUCCAUGCAGCCAUCCACCGGUGUGCAAAGCAGUUCAACAUAUGAAAAGAAGGGGUCUGGUAAAUCGCUCGUCCAAGCUGCUCAGCGCUCCCUUGCUCUCGGCGAGGAAAUUCACAAGCUCAUAUUUACACUGCAAAGUUCGUCUACUACCCAGCUAGAUCUGUACAGCGAGUGGGACAGGAUCCUUCCACUGCUCCAUCCUGAAAGCGAUGGGUGUGACUUGCCGGAAACCACUUCUCUUGCAACGCUCUAUGGCCAUACUGGAACUGUGCUAGAAUCCUUAGACACGGAUAGACCGACCACAGACGUGAACAAGGAAAUCCUGUGGAUGCUCAAGUUCUUGACGGAAAAGGUCUGCUCGCACUUACGGGAGGGGCUGGCGAGAGAGCACAGUGGAAGGUCAAACACACUGUCCUAA